AUGAAGCUCGUAGUAGUGAUCAGUUUAUUGCUUACCCUAGCGGUUAGAUUCAGUCUAGGAGAAUUUCUCAUCGAUGAAAGUGAUGGCCAGUUGUCUACGGUAGCUCUGGUAAAAAAGUACGGCUAUCGAGUCCGUCAAUACGCCGUCACAACGAACGAUGGCUAUCAGCUUAUGGUACAUCGGAUGCAGCGAAAACGUGGUACGGAUCCUCAACUUCUACCCGUGCUGAUUGUCCACGGACUAUUGGGAAGUUCCGCAGACUGGGUGUUGAUUGGACCCGAAAACGGCCUCGGCUAUCUACUGGCCAACGCCGGAUAUGACGUAUGGCUUGCCAACACUCGGGGCAAUCGAUACUCGAGGCGGCAUUUGACACUGGCCCCGGAAGAGCCCGAAUUCUGGAACUUUUCCUGGCACGAAAAGGGUACGCACGAUCUGCCUGCUAUGAUCGACUUCAUCCUGAACGAACCGACAACCAAGGCGAGGAGUGUGCAGCAGAUCUACUACAUCGGCUACUCGGAGGGUGGUUCGGUAUAUUACGUACUGACCAGCAGCCUUCCCCAGUACAACGCCAAGAUCCGGUUGGCACAUACCCUUGCACCGGCCGUCCUGUUGAACGAUAUGCGGAGCCCGUUGGUGCUUUCUCUAUCAGAAAACGCGGCGAGUUUACUCCCUGUGAAGGCAGUUCAAGCUAUGCUUGGGCAUUUUCCAUCCGGAGCUGCUUUGAAAGAGGUGGAGCACUACAAUCAGAUAAUAGUCACUGGUAUCUUUCGACCGUUUAUGGAGGAAAACAAUGAAAAUUUUAGCGAACCAUACAAUCUUAGCGCAUCCACUGCACCGGUUUACAUCUACUAUGGCAUCAACGAUUGGGUCGUACAUCCACGGAAUGUACCACGUUUUGCUGCCCAGCUUCCGAACGUACGUGAGCGGAUCACUGUCGGUGGCAAAAAGUUCAACCACAUAGACUUUCUCAUAGGAAAACGUGUCAAAUCAGUUCUAUAUGACAAAAUUCUAUUCAAUCUGCGGAAGGAUACCCAAACUAUGAUGGCGCAGGAUAAGAAAAUGAAACCAUGA